AGUGACGUUACUUCCCUUUUUCCGGUCCGCCGGAUUAUGAAUGACGGCCGGCGGGAGUAUUUUCCAGAUAAACUAGCUGUCUGUCGUUUUUCUCCUGGCCUCUGUGGAAGCGAGUGGUCUGCGGGCAGCAGCUCCCAGAGGCAGCCUGGGAAUUCCAGCUCGGGCUGGGCGGGAAGGCGCAGGCGGCCCAGGUCGCCGACACGCUCACGCACCCUACCUGCCUGGCCGCGCCUCUGCGACCAGGUAAAGAGGGCGCUCGGGCCGCCGGCUUCUCAGCCUCCGCGACCCCCUAAGGACCGCUCUUUUCUUCGGAGGUCUAUAGGGCUGAGGAUGUGGGGGAAGGGUGGGAAGGAUAAGGGCGUGGUAUCAUCGUCCUGAUUUUCCUCCAGCCCUGGGGCCGCCUCAAACUCCUUUUUGGCCACUCCUGCUGAAGGUGACUCAAUGAAAGAAGAAAAUGAAAGCCAUAAAGAAAAGUCUUACAGAAGAAGAAUACCUAUAUCUGGACUUUUCUCACCAAACAAAAGGAUGCAUCUUUCCUCUUCAUACAUCUGUAACUUUAUUUCUGUUAUCUUACUGUGACUGUAAAAUCUUUAAAAUUUGCUUAGUCGUCACCAAAGAAGUGAGUACAGAUAGUUCACUACUAAGAGAUGAUCUGAUCCAGGAUGUUGAAAUACAGAUUAUUUCAAGGCAAGAGCUCCCACCAAUAGUCCAGAAUUGCUGUUUGCCUGCAGUAGUAGAACGAUCAGACAAUUUUUGUAGAGCAGGACUUGCCGUUGUAUUGAGGCACAUAAUCCAGAAGUCCUAUGAAGCAGACCCCUUAAAGAAGGAACUUUUGGAACUUCUGGGCUUUAAAAAGACUUGCUUGAAAGCCUGUGCUGAAGUUAGUCAGUGGACCAGGCUAUGUGAACUCACCAUCCCUUUGGCUAUUGAGAAUUUUCUCAGAGAGUCUUCUGACCAGCCCCCAACUAUACCUGUAGAAAUACUACAGCUAGAGAAAAAGCUUAGUGAGCCUGUUAGAGUGCAUAAUGAUGAUAAACUCCGCAGGCAGAAACUCAAGCAACAGAAAGCUGAUGGAGUUGGGCCUCCCCUUACUAAGGGAAAGGCAAAGAGCGAGGUCCACACGCAGGAAACAUCUGAAGAGUUGGACUCUGCAUCUGAGAGUCUGGAACUGAAAGUGGCAUUCUCAAAGCUCACAGUGCAAGAAGAACCAGCUACUACCAACAGAGAGCCUUCUCACAUCAGAAAAGCAAAAGCCUCCGACCUUCCACCUCUGGAGCAUGUGUUUGCAGAAGGGCUUUACUUCACUCUGGCAGAUAUCGUGCUCUUGCCCUGUAUCCACCAUUUCUUGGUAAUUAUCUGCAAGAAAUUUUCUGAGAAGCUGGUAGAAUUUCCAUUGCUAGCCUCUUGGUACCAGAGGAUCCAGGAAGUGCCAAGAGUAAAAACAGCAGCUUCUAAGUGUGGGAUCCAGUUUCUCCAUUUACCAAAGUUGUUGACAGUCUCAACUGAGCAGCAUCCAAACUUAAGUGAAGUCCCGGGUGUAGAAGAGCACAGCGAUCCUUUAUUUAUAGGAGGACCAAGACCAACCAUGGCCAAGUUAAUGGAAAAGGGCAUUGAAGUGAUGUUUUCUCCCCACCCUUGCCCUACUUGGACUGUUGAUUGGAAUGUUCUCCCUGCAGCAGUCAGCCCAAAGGAAGGUAAAAUGUCCAGUGAUCGAGCUUUGAGGAAGCAGCAACAGUUGAACAACCUUGUCUAUGUGGUAACAAAUCAGGCCAAACCUGGUGACAGAAUUGUGGAUUUCUGCAGCGGUGGGGGCCAUGUUGGAAUUGUCCUUGCUCACAUGCUGCCAUCAUGUCAGGUUACAUUAAUAGAAAACAAGGAAUUAUCAUUAAUUCGUGCUAAGAAGAGAAGUGAUGAACUGGGUUUAAGCAACAUUUGGUUCAUUCAAGCAAAUAUGGAAUAUUUUACUGGGAUGUUUAAUAUUGGAGUAGCAUUGCAUGCUUGUGGAGUGGCAACAGACAUGGUGAUUGAGCACUGUAUCAAAACACGGGCUUCCUUCGUCACAUGCCCUUGCUGUUAUGGUUUCAUUCAGAACACCUCAAAGUUUAAUUUUCCAAAAAGUGAGCAAUUCAAGAAAACUUUAUCAUACAAGGAACACAUGAUUCUGUGCAGAUUUGCAGACCAGACAGCUGUCCAGCUCCCACCCCAACGAAGGCUCAUAGGAAAACAGUGCAUGUGCUUGGUGGAUCUGGAUCGAGCAAGAGCUGCAGAAGAAUGUGGCUACUCCGUUCAAGUGAUAUCCAUGGAGCCAGAGAGCUGCUCUCCCAAAAAUAACAUGAUUGUGGGAGUCCCCAUUUAAAAUGAGACAUUCACAUUUGAUAUUUUGCCAUCCGUCUUCACGUUGGAUGCCCAGUGGCAUUCAGGAGGUUCUUGGCAUAACUAGGAAACAGCAUUAGCCAUCUUGAACCUAUUGUGCUCAGGAAGGAAAGCAAUAGGAAAAUCUUGGAAGAAAGGCUCCCUGCAAAGCAUCACAAA